AGGAUCUUGUCCAGGUAGGCUACAGAAGACUGUAUGGGGGCGUCGUUGAAAGCACACACGGGUCUGUGAGCGCACGAUCCGAACAACCCUCUUGAUACAGACAGCGGUUUUGCCUUUACUAGAGAUACGGUUGACAACUCACACGUACAAGGACGAUGGACGGUCCAGUUUUCCCGGGUUAUCUGAGAAGUAUUAUGUGAAUUUUCCGAAUUUGAACACAUUUUGAGAAAUUGGAAUAAGAACCGCUACAAUGUCACAAGCGGAGGUUGAAAUAGCUGGACGCGGCUUCCCAAGCCUCUCUGUCGACCUAAACGAUGACUGCUUAUCUGGUCGAGUCCCGUCGAUGCCACUGACCUACAAUUUGGGGACCAGGAGAAACUCUUAUGGGCUUCACAAAAUUAACAUGGACAUUGACCCACAACUAUAUGGCGGGGCGCUAUCAAAGGCUCUGUCCUGGUCAGCGGAUAAUAUUUUAACGUUAACCGAGGCCAGAGUAGAAGAAGACGACAAAACGGAUACUCCACCGGCGUCUCCAUCCGUCUCCAGCCCGGGCGCGAGCAUUACCGGCAGCACGCCCCCCUGUACCCAAGUCUCGGACCCCGUCACCCCGCUGGACAACAACUGGAGCUCGCUCCGGAGCCCCAACACACAAGAUGCCAGCUCGGACUCAGAAAAUGAGCUUGUUCAAAAUAAAGCACACAAAGUGUUGUCACGCAGUCCGUAUGAAAGCAAAUGUGAACAGGAGGAGAGGGAGGACAUUGAGACCAAAGCUGUGGCCACCUCACCUGAUGGAAGAUACCUGAAAUUCAACAUUGAGAUUGGGAGGGGAUCGUUCAAGACCGUCUAUAAAGGACUGGACACAGAGACUACUGUGGAAGUGGCAUGGUGCGAGUUGCAGACGCGUAAGCUGACCAAGGUGGAGCGGCAGAGGUUCAGUGAGGAGGUGGAGAUGCUGAAGGGUCUGCAGCACCCAAACAUUGUCCGCUUCUACGACUCCUGGAAGGACAACUCCAAGGGCCUCAAGUGCAUUCUUUUGGUCACUGAGCUCAUGACCUCAGGCACCCUCAAAACGUACCUCAAGAGGUUUAAGGAGAUGAAGCUGAAGCUGCUGCAGCGUUGGAGCCACCAGAUCCUGAAGGGCCUCCACUUCCUCCACACCCGCACCCCGCCCAUCAUCCACAGGGACCUCAAGUGUGACAACAUCUUCAUCACCGGCCCCACCGGCUCCGUCAAGAUUGGAGAUCUGGGCCUGGCCACACUCAAAAGAGCCUCCUUCGCUAAAAGUGUCAUUGGUACCCCAGAGUUCAUGGCUCCAGAGAUGUAUGAGGAGAAGUAUGAUGAGGCUGUGGAUGUCUAUGCCUUUGGGAUGUGUAUCCUGGAGAUGGCCACAUCAGAGUAUCCCUACUCCGAGUGCCAGAACGCAGCGCAGAUCUACCGUAAAGUCACCAGCGGGAUGAAACCAGACAGUUUUUACAAAAGUCAAGUGCCCCAGAAUUCAGAUCAACAGGUGGUGCUGGGCUUCGUGUGCGAGGCCGACUUCAAGCUGGUGGCCAAGGCCAUCCGGGACCGUGUCAAUGCCAUCAAGCGCCAACGGGAGAAACUGCGCCUCCUUGCAGAGAAGAAGAAGCAGGCCAUUGAGGAGGAGCCUGAGCCUGCACUGCAGCCGCCCUCCCCGAGAAUCAACAGGUCUCCAUCAAUGUUGGAGACUCCUCAGUGCCCCAUCGUCGUCCCCAACCCGACCCCCACCCCUGCCCAGAGCCAGGGUCAGACCCCCCCGAACCCUCUGACACACACCCUGUCCCCUGUCAAUAGCUAUCUAAACUUGGGCAUCAAUGCCAGCUUCAUCCCUGAACCAGAGGAACCAGAGGCAGACCAGCAUCAGCACUUCCAGGUCCACCACACCAGCUGCUCCUCAGCCAACUCUGACUGUGAGACAGACGGCUAUCUCAGCUCCUCUGGCCUCCAGGACCCCCUGGAGACAGCGGUCAGCCUCAACGGGUCAACCCUCAACGGGACUGGGACUACCGCCCUCAAUGGACAGCCUCACCACCACCCCAUCCCAGCCCUUCGCUUUCCCUCUAGUAUUGCAGUAUUGGGUAAUACGGAGCAUGGACACUCUGGAGGACACCCUCCCAGCGGCUUCAACUCACCUGUGGACAGCUACGCCUCCGACAUGAUCUCGGGUUUGAGUGACAGCUACGAGGGCCUAUCAGAGAAGAGCGGCAAGACUGCUGCCAGGCGCACGGCUGGCAAGCUGUUCCGGAGAAGGGCCCGUUCAAGACUGCGCAUCACUGGGCUCUCUGACAAAGACGACCGGGUGGUGGAGUGUCAGCUGCAGACUCACAAUGACAAGAUGGUUACCUUCAAGUUUGACCUGGACGGAGACAACCCAGAGGACAUUGCAGCUGUCAUGGUUCACAAUGAGUUCAUCCUGGCAGCGGAGAAGGAGGGGUUUAUCCAGCGCAUAGGUGACAUCAUCAAGAGGGCAGAGGCUCUGAUGAAGGAGCACAAGGUCCACGUGGGUGGCGGCCACGGAGCACCACGCCCACAACACCACAACGGGGUCAACUCACUGUCCGCGUCCCAGCCUAAUCUUCACAGUCACAUUCUGGAGCGGACACACUCUUCCUACUCUCUACCUGACUUCAGCAUGGCUGGCCCCAGUGUAGGGGUAUGUGACUCUCCCUUAGGGCCCACUGGUGGAGGAGACUUCUUCAGCCCAGCAGACAUGACUUCACCUGCAGGGAGACCUCUAUUACGCUCCCAGUCUUUCCAAAACGCCCCAGGUUCUCCUCACUACCACUACCACCACCCAGCCUCCAUGUACUCCUCAGAGCCCCCCCAGCAGCAGCAACACCAGCAGUACUACCACAUGCCCCCCUUCAUGGGCCACACACACUUCCCCUUCCCCUACCCAGUGAACCCCGGUGCCCCCAAACCAGUGGGGUCCCAUCCUCCCCUCACACGGGUCGCCAGCAACCCCACGUUCCCCUCCGUCCUCUCCCCAGCCCCAGGCUCCCCCGGCGGCCCCCACUCUGAUGCUCCGAGCCCCUCUGAGUACAGCGGGGAGGGGAACCCCCUGACCCUCCCUCCUCACCCCCAGAACCCCAACAUGUGGCCCUCCCACACACAGCCCCUCUUCUCCCUGGCCAACGUAAUCUCCAUGGCAAUGAGCAUGGCUCACUCCUUCAUCCCUGCCAACAGCCUGGCUAACCAGGGGAUGCCCUCCAUAGCAGGCUUCCACCCCCAGCUAACCCACCCUCAGUCGGUCUACUCGUCCGUCUACUUCCCCCACUACCAGACUGCUCCAGUGGAGCUCCCUUACACCCAGGGUGGGACGCCUGGCCAAGGGCAGCAACACAGUGUCUACCAGGGCGCAGACACUCCACCACAGAUGCAGAGGGAUGGCUCAGUGCCUGUGUACUCUCAAAAUGGACACCCCGGUUGGCAGCAUAAUCACAUAUCUCCCCCCACGAUGGGCUACAACAGCCCACAGAUGGUAUCACAGCAAGCAGCAUCCAGCCCCCUAAGCCAUUUACAGAAUAGUUCCCAGGGGUCCUACAUGGUUCCUCAGGACCAGUCUGAUGUGUCCAGCUGUGCGUCAGGGUCUGAUCUUUCCCCUUCGUCUCCAGACAGCCCGGAGAGCACAUUAUCAUCGUUCAGCUCAACCACACCAAUGUCGAGACCUACGGUGCCUGAGAUGAACGCCAGUGCUCCCAAGCCCAGACUAUCCCCCAGUUACACAGAUCCCCCGCCUGCUGCCGUCACAGUGGGUCGUUUCCAGGUCACCCCUAGCAUAGAGAUCCCUAUGCCUGCUGCACCAGAUGGACAAGGCUCUAACCCCACCAGGCCCAAGUCAGUGGGCAGCUCCUCCCCAGGCCGAACCAGGCCCAAGUCAGUGGGCAGCUCCACCCCAGGCCCCACCAGGCCCAAGUCAGUGGGCAGCUCCACCCCAGGCCCCACCAGGCCCAAGUCAGUGGGCAGCUCUACCCCAGGCCCAACCAGGCCCAAGUCAGUGGGCAGUUCUACCCCAGGCCCCACCAGGCCCAAGUCAGUGGGCAGUUCUACCCCAGGCCCAACCAGGCCCAAGUCAGUGGGCAGCUCCACCACAGGCUCCACCAGGCCCAAGUCAGUGGGCAGUUCCACCACAGGCUCCACCAGGCCCAAGUCAGUGGGCAGCUCCACCACCUCCGAGAGCAGCACAGAGGAGCAGGGGGGGGCAGAUACAAGCCUGAACACCUCCCUCACUCUCUCCCCCCCAGACCGACACCUCCCUGUGGAGGAGGACGGGGAGGUCCAGGUAGGGUGGGCCGGGACCAAAGAGCAGCAGCAGGAAGAGGAGGAGGAAGAAGAGGGGGAAGAAGAUGACGAGGAGCAUGAGGAGGAGAAGGAAGAGCAGCAGAUAGUAAGAAGGAGGAGGAGGAGAGUGUGUAGCCUCAGUCUGAUGGGUACGUCUGCAGACAGCGGCCUGUCCGUCACGGUGGUGGAUUCAGAGGGGCGUGGCCUGUGGGAGGGAGGUGCAGGGAGCCCUACCUACAACUCGGCCCUGCACCACUUGUGGCUGAGCUACAGCCGCAACUUCACGUACAUGAGCAGUGACGACUCGGAGGACGAGGACAUGCGGGAGGAGCUGCAGGUGAUGAGGGAGAAACACUUGGUGCAGGUGCAGAGUCUCCAGGCCACCCAGAAGAGGGAGAUUGAGGAGCUGUAUGAGAGGAUGGGGAAGGUUCCCCCUGCGGGGAUUGUCUCGCCUGCCGCCAUGCUCUCCAGUCGCCAACGCCGUAUCUCUAAGGAGAGGAGUUACCCCUCCACCUCCCGCAGAAACAGCCUGCAGCGCCUGGACAUACUCCCCCUCCAAGGUAUCAUCAGGAGGAACUCUCUGGGUGGCAGCAACAGCAGCAGCAGCUCUCCGGAGAAGCCCUCUAAAGGGGUGACCUUUGCUUCCGAUGUCAGUAGAAUGUAAGAAUCUUCAACCAUGCUUGCUGUAGAAUAAGCCCAGACUACCUCAUCUAAAAUGUGACUGAAAUAAUCAUGCCCAUCCUGCUGGAGGAAAUAACUGACAUCACCUCUAAACCCUUUAUCUGGGCCCCCAUUGGAGGAGACUUACCUAGAUCCCCCAGAAACCAGGAAGCUCCUCUGCUGAUCCAAUAGUCACAGGGUUAAUCAUAGGUCGCAGGUCCGUCAGAGGUCGCUGAGCCCUCUGCUAUGAAGGGACAACAGAACCGUUGUCAUCCGCUGUCAGUCACCCCCAAGAGAAGCUUGCCAGAUUCAACGGUUCAGUGCAACAUACCCGUUCUAGGACGCCACCAGAACAGUGUUUAAAAUGAGAUGGUCAAAAGUUUCAAAACUGCCUAAUCCUCAGCUAAUGCGUAUAAAAGGCUCACAAUAGUACUAGCCCAAGUAGUGCACCAUCAUUCUUCAUACUAUGCAAUGCUAGUGAGAAACGUGUGAUCAUUGUACAUAGAGCCUUAAUGAUCAGCUGUAGUCCUGCCUUGUAGCCACAGAGCAGUAAGGGUUGUUCCAGCUCCAAUAUUGGGAUCAUGGGAUCGAGGCCGGGGCAGUUGAUCAUUAUUUUCCUGCUUAUCUGACUGUCGCACACAUUUUUAUUGGGAGCAGUGGAGUGAGAUGAAGCUCAGUAACUCUUGCUGUAUUUCAGAUUAUUCACUCUCCUCUUUGCACAUUUGACUGUCUGUUUGGAAUCUGUUGAUGCUGACUGUAGCUCGCUACUGCCCUCUAGAGUCUGACUACAGAAGUCCAGAUAUGUUGUUAUAGUUCUGCCUGUUUUCCAAUGUACAAUAGUGAUGCAACAAUAUUUCUGAUGAAUUCAACAGCAUUAUGAAGGACGACUGUUGUCAAUGUGUAGAAAGAUGUGAACAUAGAUGUUAAAAGAUGGUAGGCAGUACCUUAUAUACAUUAUAGUGAGCAUUUAUCAAUAAAAUGCAACACUAUGACAAGUAGCUUUCCGAACAACCAUAUACAGUACUAUAGGUAGACCUACAACACUGAAAUCAUUUAGGUGUCAGUCUUUCCAGAAUAUUUUAGAAUUUCACAUUAUAUGUGUUCAUAUGAAAUAUAAAAAGGUUAUACAGUAAGAAGCAAGCCACAAUACAGCUCUAUAAAUGACAAAUACCUAAGACUAAAACUACUCCUUUUAAAAACAAAUCAAGUGAAAGUAUUGCCAAAUCAGCCACAUCGAUUAAAAAAAAAUAGGCAAUUUAUGGUUGAUGAUUUUCAACUCUCCUGACUUUUUAGCUGAGAUUAUAUUUUCUCCCAAAAUAAUUAAACAUAGGUCUAGACUACUGGUUCUCACCAUGAUUGUAAAUGUGUAAAUAUGAAAUAAUGCAUUUGUAAAUUACUUUUACAAAUGAAUCAAAGACAUUUUGGCAAGCUACUUUUCUUGUGCAAACACAUUGACAAUGAUAAACCUUGCUGCAAUGCGCAAUAAACCAGGCACCCUAUGCACUUUAGUAAAUUCUACUUUAGUAGUAACUCACACUUUUUGGUAAAGUAGCAUAUUUAUAUGCACAAGUGGGGAAGAGUACGACUACCCUAAAAAAUGAAUUAAACUGUGAGCCCAUAUUAGCUAUUGCCUUAAAUACACAUAUGGAAUUCUAUUGCAAUGAUACUCUUAAGAUUUAUAUUUAAAGAAAGAAAAAGUGAUUACAAUCCACAUUUUUGAAUGCAUGUAUGAUUGUUGGUUGAUUGUAUUGCUUUAACAUACAAAGCUGCUGUCCUGCCAUGCUCAAUCUGUGCCUUUUCCUUGCAAUGUCUUAUUUUAUAUUUUUACUCUGUAGCUUUGGUGGCUACAACAAACUCUGUAAAUCAUAUUUUGACAGAGUUGAAAUAAUGAUAGUGUUCCUCUCCGCUUCCGUACUACUGUGGCAAUAUCAGUGUAUGAAACAUUACACUGACCUUGCUAUAAGAUGUCAUUUAUUGUUGUGAAAAAACAAAUGCAUAAUAACAAAUGUACAACUCAAUCCUUUAUCAACAUAAAUAUAUUUCAAUAUAAAUAUG